CAUGGAAACAACCAAACAUUCCAUCAUUUCAUUGCAUCCUUUCUUGAAAAGCGACUGGCAAGAACUUUUUUGGCUCAAUUUUCGACAAUAUAUUCAUCAAAUACGACCUACCUACGACCCUCGUGUGAUUAAAAGAAACCCGAGUGUUAUGUCUGAGGAGAUGAACAAGCUGACGUCGUCCGUGGAGAGAUCAAAGGAUGGCGAAGAUUUCAGACUCAUUAUUGAGCAGGCUCUUUCGAAGAUCCAGGCGUGCCUGGGGAAUGAUGGGACUGUGACUGAAGUGAAAACCCCCGUGACCGUCAGCAGCAAUAACCUCCAGGCUGAUAUUGAUGUAGCCAUAUUGAACAUCAGAAGACAAGUAGAGUCACUCUUGACUUCUGGAAAGAUGGAAGAGGAGGACAAGACCUCUAAGGUGGAGGAGACCUCCGUGAAGAUGGAGGAAGAGGACAGGGCAUCUGCCAAGAUAGAGAAGGAGAACAGUGCUUCUGUCAAGAUAGAGGAGGAGAACAGUGCUUCUGUUAAGAUAGAGGAGGAAACCUCUGUGAAGAUGGAUGAGGAUUACAGGGCUUCUGUCAAAAUGGAGACCUCCGUGAAGAUGGAGGAGGACAGGGCCUCUACCAAGGUGGAGGAGAUCUCCAUGAAGAUGGAGUUACAGGAGGCCUCUGUGAUGAUCGAUCAGGUGGGCAACGCCUUUGAGGUGGAGACCUGUGGGAAAAUGGGGGAGGAGGAGGAGGUGAAGGAGCUUCUGGGGUAUUUCACUGCUCUUGAGGGGGACCGGAGGAACCUCCAAAAUCUCCUGCGUGAGCGUAGGGAAGAGUAUAAGAUGCAGAUGAAGGCUCUGGAGAGGGAGAGGAUCCAGGAGCAAGUGGAGAGGGAGAGACAGAUGAAGGAGAGUGAGGAGACCCUACUGUCUGCUCUGAAGUCUGUAGCUAUUGGCAAAGAAAAACUCAUGGCAGACCUGAGGAACCAGUCUGGCAAACAGAGUUUGACAUUCCUACUCAGACCUGUCUCUGCAGUCAGGGGAAACCAACCCAAGAAAUGGUGGAGUUUUAAGAAACAGAAGGCCUCCCCUGACGCUGCUCUCCAGAGUGCCACACAGCUGGGAGGAGGUGAUGGGAACCCACCUGUGGUGAGCCAGGAAAGGCCAUCCAGGAAAUGGUGGAGUUUCAAAAAACACCAGGCUACUGCUGAUGUUGCUCUCCAGGAGGUUCCCACCAGCAGUGCCUCUGAAGAUGCCAAAGAGGCAGAUCUGCAGAAGAUCAAAAAGCUGGAGGAGCGGGUCAGAAAGGCUGAAUUCAAGAAACAACAGAAAGCCGCUGAGAAGGCUGCAGAGGCCGAAAUGAAGGAAAAGGCGGCAGAGGAGAAGAGACAAAAGAAAGAGGGGAAGAAAGUGGAGAAAAAGGGUAAGAGAGUGAAGGACAACAAUCUGACAGAUCAUGCCGGACCGAGUGGUGUGAGCAACACUGGACUGGACCAGUGAGGAACCACCGGCCCUCUUUGCUGGCCUGUGCUACUUCAGGAGAAGAGUGACCACUACAGAUACCCCCUGCUCUGUCCAUCAUGUGAAAG